CUCUCCAGAAUCUUUAUACUCUCUUUGUUCCGCUGAUCACGCCUUAAGACUUCCACGAUGGCCGCCAUGAACUUCUCGCUACCCCCGGAUCUCGUUCAGUAUCUCAAGGACCUAGACGAUUUCAUACAUACAAAAAUCACACCAUUACAGAACAAAAACGACAAUAAUCGCUUCUUCGAUCACCGCCGCGAACACGCCCGCACAGAUUGGGACAACAAUGGCCUACCGCGUCCAGAGUGGGAAGAGCUCCUCAGCGAGUCGAGACGGCUGGCAGAUGAAGCAGGAUUCUACCGCCUCUCGCUACCAAAGGAGUAUGGAGGCCAAAACAGCAGCGACGGUCGGGGAAGCAAUCUCUGGAUGGCGGUAAUCCGAGAGCACCUCGCCGCAAAAGGACUCGGGCUCUUCAAUGACCUUCAGACUGAGCACUCAAUGGUCGGGAACUUCCCCGACGUAAUCAUGAUAGAGAACUUCGGAACACCAGCGCAAAAGGAGGAACUGAUUGGGGGCCGAUUGAAGGGCAAAGUGCGGAUUACAUUUGGGCUGACAGAGCCGAAUCAUGGGAGUGAUGCCACACAUAUGGAGACACGGGCGCGGCCGGAGAAGCGGGAUGGGGUUGAGGGGUGGUUGAUCAAUGGGUUCAAGAAGUGGCAGACGGGGAUGCAUAAUGCGACGCAUUGCUUCAUUUUCGCGAGGACGGAGGGGAAGGAUGGGAGUGUGAAAGGCAUUAGCUGUUUUAUUGCGCCUAGGCAUGAUCCGGGGAUCAAGGCGGAGAGUUAUCAAUGGACGCUUAAUAUGCCAACCGACCACGCCACUGUCUCUAUCAAAAACGUCUGGGUUCCAUCCAGUUCCGUCCUGGGGCCCAUCCACAACGGUCUCGCCGUCGCGCAGGCCUUCGUCCACGAGAAUCGCAUUCGUCAAGCAGCAUCUUCCCUCGGCGCGGCCGUCUUUUGUAUCAACUCCUCGGUCGACUACGCCAACGAGCGUGCUCCCUUCGGGGUGCCGCUAGCGCACAACCAGGCCAUCCAGUUUCCACUCGUCGAGUUAGCGACGCAAGCCGAAAUGUUGCGGUUAUUGAUCCGCAAGACGGCACUAGAGAUGGACUCGAUGCCGCAUGCGAAAAUUGAGAAGAAGCUUGGUGACAAGGUCUCUAUGUGUAACUACUGGGCGAACAGGCUGUGCUGUGAGGCGGCGGAUCGGGCGAUUCAAGUACAUGGUGGCAACGGAUAUAGUAGGCACUUUCCGUUUGAGCAUAUCUGGAGGCAUCAUCGGAGGUACAGGAUUACGGAGGGGAGUGAGGAGAUUCAGAUGAGGAAGGUGGCAGCGUAUUUGUUUGGGUUUGGUGGUAGAAAGAGUUUAGGGGAUGCGAAGCUGUGAGAGGACUGGAGGUAGAGGGUGGUAGGUGGUAGUAUGUGUGCGUUUCUUUUAUCUAUGGGAUUGGGGAUCAAAAACAUACUUCUUUAUAAUGGAGCGCUUCUCGUGCCAUUUUAAGUGCUCUUCAGCCUUGGCAAAUGAAGCGUUGUCUGCUCUUGGUCAGGUCAUUUAUCCCUUAGAUAGCAUUUUGCUCUUCAAGGCUUAGUACGAUUCACCUUCAAGUCUCUGCCACUUUUCCUUAGG